CACACACAACAGCAGGUCGCGACGUUCCUGUCAAGUCCAGGAGUAAACGGGGUCUGCGAACAGGUGCCGGGAGGGGCCACACCGAGCUUUCACCGCGUCCAGGACUCAUUCCUACAUCAUUCCUAAAGUUUGCUUUUAUUUUCCUCUGCGAAGAGCGACAAGUGGCACUCUGGGACACAGAGGGGAAAGGAUUUGUGCAGAGUAUUAAAGCAGCUGAGGCGUUCAGGUUCCCGAGUCGGUCUCCCCUGCCCACCUUAACAUGGCUUCAACGACAUGCACCAGGUUCACUGAUGAGUACCAGCUGUACGAGGAGCUGGGGAAGGGAGCCUUCUCUGUGGUCAGGCGGUGCAUGAAGAUUUCCACAGGACAGGAAUAUGCUGCCAAGAUAAUCAAUACCAAGAAGCUGUCGGCCAGGGAUCAUCAGAAGUUGGAGAGAGAGGCCAGGAUCUGCCGCCUGCUCAAGCAUCCCAACAUCGUGCGGCUCCACGACAGCAUAUCAGAGGAGGGAUUCCACUACCUGGUCUUUGACUUAGUUACAGGUGGCGAGCUGUUUGAGGACAUUGUUGCCAGGGAGUACUACAGCGAAGCUGACGCCAGUCAUUGCAUUCAGCAGAUCCUAGAGGCUGUGCUCCACUGCCACCAGAUGGGUGUGGUCCACCGCGACCUCAAGCCGGAGAACUUGCUCCUAGCCAGCAAGCUGAAGGGGGCGGCAGUCAAACUGGCAGAUUUUGGCCUGGCCAUUGAAGUGCAAGGUGACCAGCAGGCAUGGUUUGGCUUCGCCGGGACACCAGGGUACCUGUCCCCAGAGGUGCUGAGGAAAGAUCCCUACGGCAAGCCGGUGGACAUGUGGGCCUGCGGUGUGAUCCUCUACAUUCUCCUGGUGGGAUAUCCUCCAUUCUGGGACGAGGACCAGCACAGACUCUACCAGCAGAUUAAAGCUGGAGCUUAUGAUUUCCCCUCCCCAGAGUGGGACACCGUGACUCCAGAGGCCAAAGACCUGAUCAACAAGAUGCUGACCAUCAAUCCAGCCAAGAGAGUCACUGCCACAGACGCUCUCAAACACCCCUGGAUCUGCCAACGCUCCACUGUGGCGUCCAUGAUGCACAGACAGGAGACUGUGGAGUGCCUGAAGAAAUUCAACGCAAGAAGGAAACUCAAGGGUGCCAUCCUGACCACCAUGCUCGCCACUCGCAACUUCUCAGCAGCCAAGAGCCUGCUGAACAAGAAACCAGAUGGUGUCAAAAUCAACAACAAGGCCAAUGUGGUCACCAGCCCCAAAGAGCCUGUCCCUACUCCUUCUCUGGAGCCUCAAACCACAGUUAUCCACAACCCUGCUGAUGGAAACAAGGAGUCCAGUGAGAGUGCCAACACUACCAUCGAGGACGAGGACGUGAGAGCUCGUAAGCAGGAGAUCAUUAAAGUCACUGAGCAGCUGAUUGAAGCCAUCAACAACGGAGACUUUGAGGCGUACACGAAGAUAUGUGAUCCUGGCCUCACCUCCUUUGAGCCUGAGGCCUUGGGAAACUUGGUGGAGGGCACCGACUUCCACCGCUUCUACUUUGAGAACGCUCUGUCUAAGGGGAAACAGCCGAUCCACACCAUCCUGCUCAACCCCCACGUCCACCUGAUCGGGGACGAGGCCGCCUGCAUCGCCUACAUCCGCCUCACCCAGUACAUCGACAGCAACGGCAUGCCUCGCACCAUGCAGUCAGAGGAAACCCGCAUCUGGCACCGCCGCGACAGCAAGUGGCAGAACAUCCACUUCCACCGCUCCGGCUCGCCCACCGUGCCCACCAAUUGAGAGGAUGAUAUUUGACGACAAACACCCUCCAGCCUACAGCAGUCAGCUGACAAGACCCCACCCGCCAAGUGUCCAUCCAAUCCCUGCCCAUGAUAGCUAGAGCUCCGCCCUCUCAGUGUGUUGUUUACAUAUUGUCGCUGAUGGACUGAAGAUUAUUUUACAUGUGGGGGAGAAAAAAACAAAAUGAGGGAGAAAACUUCAAAUACUGACAAUAUCAUUUUGUAGUGAGAGUGUGUGGUGUUCAUUGCGGGAUAUUCUCACCCACAGCAUGUUUUAUUACUCAGAGGUUUUUUAGAUCAGUACCUUUUAAAUAGAAAUGGUUUUCAGAGGAGCCACUUGUUCCAGUUGGUUGAUUUUCAAUGGGCUGGUCAAAUAUGUGAAACUUCCAGUUAUCAUGUAGUGAGUUUUUCAUUUGAAUAUUGCACAUAUUGAGGACUCUCGAGCUAUUGUGAUGUUUAAGCCUUUUGGCACGAUGACCAGUAUAUCACAUAUCUGCUUCUUACUCAUGUAUGUUCAGAAUUGCCAUUUAUUAAAGCUCAGACACAGGCUUGCUUUGGUUUGGUGAUGUCUAGGUUCUGGUAAUCGAUGUAAAUUGCUCUCUCUUUGCUUAAUCUUUAGCAGUAUCCAUAUGAACUGAGUUGGCUAAUUUUACAGAUCUUUUUUCUGGUUUGCUGUUGGCACUAAGUAUGUUUGAUAGGAAUUUUAACUACAUGUGUAAAAGGGAAAAUCAGUUGAAACAUGACCUCCAUCAUCACAGAGCAGCAUGUGAGAAGAGUCUCGUAUGAUAGAAUGUAAACUAUAGAUACAGAUCAUUUUUAAAGGCCAUUCUGACUCUUUCCAGUUAAAUCAUAUUUUCAUAAAGCAAGGAGUUAAUUAUGUGAAUUUUAUCAGUUCUAUUUUGUUUUGUUUACUUUUUAUAUUAUGAUAUUGAUGCUUGUCCCUCCACCUCUCAUUAUUAUUGCUUUCCUUUAAGCCCUUUUAACCCAGAUUGGUGGUUCCUUUAUUCUUAAUUCCUUUAUUUGACCUAUAUUGCAUGUUCUACUUGUGUACGCCAAUGUUUUACACUGGACAGGACUAAAGUAGAAUCACGAUGUUCACACUGACAUCAAUGACAAAUUUAUGUCAAGCUGAAAUGUUUGGUUCUGGAAGUUCUUCAUUGAUUUUUGGCCAAAAUGACUCACCAGUAAAUCACCAUUCUCUUUUGGUUAUUAAUAUGUUACUAUAAUUAUGUUAUUGCAGUGUCAGUGUUUAGUUAAGGCACAGGGUGUUGUUGGCAUCACUUGCAGAUUUAUAUGAAAACACAAAAAAGGAAAUUUAAUUCCACCAGGGGGAGAGGAAUCAGUGGUGUUCAAAGAUGAAGUCACAGGUGUUAACUGAUGAUUUGUGUUCAGGAAAUUUAGAUUUUGUUUUUUGUUUUUUUGCUUUGGUAUAUAAGGAAUGACAUCACUUACACACCACACUUUGUUUUUAUCUUUCUAAGAUGUGCUGAAAUUGGACACUGGUAUAAAAUGUUACAAUGAUGAGACAAACCUGAUGUAUGUAUAAGAAAUAUCAAAUAAAAUGUGUGAUUUAUGCCAAAUAAUUUGGUUUGUACAGCUUUCAUUUAGUCUUAAUUUCCUACAGUUUUAACUGCCAUAAUCUUAAACUGUGUUUUUAUUAAUGCAGUUUACUGAAGGCUUUUAAUAAAGGUGUUGCUCAAGGAUUAUGAACCCUAACACUUAACAACUGCACAUUAACAUACUGUGAACGCAACUUUUGCCAUUAGACUGUUUAUAUCAGGUAUAAGUUGCAUUUGCAGGCAAAUAGAUGAGGAAAUGUUCAAAUAGUAAUAUAAAACUCAUAAUAUGCUUUGAGAAAACAACAAUGUAUCAUAUGGACUGGUAUAGGUACUAACAUCUAUAAAUAGAAUUUAGAGAUUUGCUUUAAGUAAAAAGUCUUGGUUGUAACACACUUGAUUAGGUGCAUUAGGCCCAAAAAACUCCCAGGAUUCAUUGCAGUUCUCAGAAGCAGGCCUUUUCAAGUGGCAGAAAAAUCACUCUUGAUAGAAUAUGUGGAGGUUAUUACCAAAUAUGAAUAUUACUAUGGAAUACAAUGUUUCCUAAUUAUAAAAUCUUGUUAAUAUAAUUGUAUAUAUGUUCAAAUUGGAAAAUUCACUUUUUUUUAACGUAUUGAAUCCAUGGUGACACUGAUAAUAGUGGUAGUAAUGAUUCAACAAAACCAAACUAAUUAUACUAUACCACUAAACAAAGUAAACACCUGAUGUAAACCUGGUCUGUUUCCUGUUUUCACAAAUCCAAAACUGACUAAAACACUUACACUCUACUGGUAUCUACUUGUUAAUCAAAUUUUGGAGCUUUAAGGUGUAUUUUGUCUGGAUUGAGUAAAUUCAAUGAAACUCUUUUUUUUUUUUUUUCUCUUUUAUAAAUACAAUAGAGGUUUUAUAAAUUUGACAGUGGGUUUAAAGUAGGUCCUUUUUCUUUAUAAGCUCUGUAGAUGUUUUCUUCUGAUAGUCGUGCUCUGUCCAACGCUUCAGUCACUUCCUGUCAGCACCAGUUGGACUGCUCUCAGCUUCUGUCAGAAAGAACAACAUCACUUCACAUUUGACACAUGUACAGUUUUAUUGUUCUGCCAUGUACACACUGCAGCUGCUAUGCCUUGUUAGCGUUUCAGGUUUAUUUUUUAGUAAUAAUUUGAUAAAGUCAUACAUGCCCGCAUAGAUAUUUGCACUGUUAAUAUGUAUAUAUUGUUAUCACCAUGGAAACAAGAUGCUCAUUUAUCAAAUCAAUGGUCUCUUUUUGACUUUUCUUUUAUUCUUCCAUUGAAUCACACUCAAACUAAAUGGCAACGUGAGGAUUGUAUUGUUACAUAAAGUCAUCAAACAUACUUCAUCAGUCUGAAAGCAUUUCAGCCAACUUUCAAAUCAAAAGAACUUCAUCUUGGUUUGUCUUUACUUUUAGGUUUAGAAGACAUUCAAAACACACCCAAACACACACACACACACACACACACACACACACACACACACACACACACACACACACACACACACACACACACACACACACACACACACACACACACACACACACACACACACACACACACACACACACACACACACACAC